AUGGUGGGCGUGUUGUCGGCGCAACGAUGGCUCGGGGGGACGGCGGUGCGCGCGAACGAUCGCGCGCGCGCGCGGCGCGCGGGCGCGCGGCGAGGGAUCGCGCCCGAGGCGAGGAUUUACGAGAACAUCCUGGAGACGGUGGGGGAUACGCCGGUGAUUAAAAUUAACCGUCUCGCCCCGGAGGGGGUGGAGAUGUACGUCAAGGCGGAGUACUUUAACCCGUUGAGCAGCGUGAAGGAUCGAUUGGCGGUGGCGGUGAUCACGGAUGCUGAAAGACGCGGAUUGCUCAAGCCCGGGGACACCGUCGUGGAGGCGACGAGCGGGAACACGGGCAUCGCGGUGGCGAUGGCGUGCGCGCAGCGAGGCUAUCGCUGCGUCAUCUGCAUGGCCGAACCGUUCUCCGUCGAGCGGAGAAAGAUCAUGCGCAUGCUCGGGGCGAAGGUGAUCGUGACCCCGAAAGCGGGCAAGGGCACCGGCAUGGUGGCAAAGGCUGAGGAACUCGCGGCUAAGCACGGGUGGUUCCUGUGCCGACAAUUCGAGAACGAAGCGAAUCCGGCGUACCACGCCUCGACGACGGGCCCGGAGAUCGUUCGAGACUUCGCCGGUAAGAAGCUCGAUUACUUUGUCACCGGUUACGGUACCGGGGGUACGUUCCAGGGCGUCUCUCGCGUGCUCAGGGAGUCCCGUCCGGACACGAAGAUCGUGUUGCUCGAACCCGAAGCCGCGGCGCUCGUGUCGAGCGGCAUCAAGACGGAGCGCAAGGACACUGGUGCUCCCGCCGGAUCGCAUCCGGCGUUCGCGGCGCACCCGGUGCAGGGCUGGACCCCGGAUUUCAUCCCGCUCGUUCUCGAAAACGGUUUGAACAUGAACCUGUACGACGAACUCGUCAAGAUUGAAGGCGGCGACGCCGUCCAGACGGCGCAGGCGCUCGCGAGAAACGAAGGCAUCUUUACCGGUAUCUCCGGCGGCGCCACGUUCGCCGGCGCGCUCACCGUCGCCAAGAAGGCGCCGAAGGGUUCCGUCAUCCUCGCCAUGCUCCCGGAUACGUCCGAGCGCUACAUGAGCACCCCUCUGUACGAGACCAUCGACGCCGAGAUGAACGACGAAGAGCUUGAGAUCGCCAAGAGCACGCCGUCGUUUCAACUCAUUCCAGGACAAGACCCGACUCUUCUGGUGCAAUAA